CGCAUUUCACAACUUUUUAAAACCAAUUCUAGAGGAGUUGAAAUGCCGGUUCAGAUAACUCAUUUCUUUGCUAUUAUGCGAGACUUUUACGAAAUUGAGCAAGCUAAAGUAUCUGAACGAUUGGAGGAUUGGUUAUGGUUGAAGCUUCGACAGGGUGACGUUUCACACACUGGGCGACAGAUUGCUGUGGAAUAUGGUAUUCACUAUGGCGAGGCGCGAACUCCAUUGGUUUAUUGGACGGCGCUUUUUCUUAGCGGUCAAUUCGAAGCAGCGGUUAACUUCAUGUUUCGUCAAAACAAAGAUCUCAGCUGUCAUGCCGUGCAUAUUGCCCUGAUUUUAUAUCAAAUAGGAUGGUUGCUGAUGCCAGAAACGUUUCAUCCUGAACUGUGUAAGUUAAAUUUUUCACGUAUUCAGUUAAUUUUUGGCGAUGUUAACUGUGUUGAAAUUCUUUGCUUUAAAGUAGACGUGGACAUGUCUGCUUCCAGGAGCUUAAUAGUAAACCUAAUAUUUCUUUCAAGCUUCUUUAAAUCCGACGUAUGUAAAAAUUUCCUCUUCUACGCAAGUUGA